CGCUCUUCAAACUUUUGCCCUACCUACCCUGCCGAAGUUCCGAAGUUGCGUGACGUCAGUCAGGGCGGCCGCCAAUCCGCGGCGAAGGUUCUAUUUUGGGGAGGGGAGGGGGGCGUCUCCCGCGUCUCCCGGGUCCGCCUGUUUUGCCGUGCCCAGUCCAUGGAGAGGCGGCCGGUUGCGAGCGCCCCCGGGUCUCCUCCAGCUCUGCAGGCUCCGUUCUUGGGAUUUGGAUCCUGCUGCGGCCGCCGUUGGUUUCCAAGGGGCCAUGCUGUGCGCGGCGGGCUUGGCCGGUCGAGUGAGGGUCUGGGGCUGCUGAGCUUCCCCCGUCUUUCCCUCCACCGGUCGAUUACCUGGAGUCGCAAAGGAAGAGAAGAGCAGAGCUGAGCUGGGCAGGUUGUGCCUUCGGUUGCCAAGAGGGGGGAACCGGGACGUCCCUCGAAGCUUUCCCUUGAGGGUGUAGGCGCAAAGCGGAGACCCGUCCGGGAAUUUGAAAGAGAUGUCUUCCCUAGCAUCAUCCCGUUUCCCCCGGCGGUGCUGAGCUUGCUUGUUCUGGCUCCUGCGCCGGUUUCGGGAUCGGAGUCAAGUUUUUUCUUUUUCUUUUUUGAAUUCGCUUCUGCCCGUUUCUAUCCAAAGAGGCGCCGAUCAUGCUGGGCUCGGGCAACGAGAGUUCGGGGCGCCUCUGUUUGUUUUGGGUUCUGUGGAGCGUGGCGCUUUGGCUGCCUGGUACGGAAGCGUGUCCCAGUAAAUGUACCUGCUCGGGAUCCGGCGUGGAUUGUCACGGAUUGGGACUUAAAACGGUGCCCCGAGGCAUUCCCAGGAAUGCGGAGAGAGUUGACUUAGACAGAAACAAUAUUACAAGGAUUACAAAGGUGGAUUUUGCUGGACUUAAGAAUCUUCGUGUUCUGCAUUUGGAAGAGAAUCUAAUUAGCAUGAUAGAACGUGGAGCCUUUCAAGAUCUAAAGCAACUAGAACGACUACGCCUGAACAGAAAUAAACUGCAAGUUCUUCCAGAAUUGCUUUUUCAGAACACGCUAAAGCUAACCAGACUGGACUUAAGUGAAAACCAGAUUCAAGGUAUCCCUAGGAAGGCUUUUCGAGGAAUUACUGACGUGAAGAAUUUGCAACUGGACAACAAUCAGAUCAGCUGCAUUGAAGAUGGAGCUUUCCGAGCCCUCCGUGACUUGGAGAUUCUUACCCUCAAUAACAACAACAUCUCACGCAUCCCUCUCACCAGCUUCAACCAUAUGCCAAAGAUCAGAACCUUGCGGCUUCAUUCCAAUUAUUUAUACUGCGAUUGUCACCUGGCAUGGCUUUCGGAUUGGCUGCGCCAGAGGCGAUCGGUUGGACAAUUCACCUUCUGCAUGGCACCUGUUCACCUGAGAGGGUUCAAUGUAGCUGAUGUUCAGAAAAAAGAGUAUGUCUGUACAGGUUCGCAUGCUGAACUGCCAUCCUGCAAUGCCAAUUCUGUCAAUUGCCCAUCUGCUUGCACUUGCAGUAACAAUAUUGUGGACUGUCGGGGAAAGAGCUUAACUGAACUUCCAGGCAACCUACCAGAAAAUAUUGUGGAAAUCCGUUUAGAGCAGAAUUCCAUAAAGGCCAUUCCUCCUGGAGCCUUCUCUCAAUACAAGAAACUUAAAAGAAUUGAUAUCAGCAAGAAUCAGAUAUCAGAUAUUGCACCAGAUGCUUUUCAUGGAUUGAAAUUACUCACCUCUUUAGUGCUUUAUGGAAAUAAGAUCACAGAGAUUCCCAAGGGCCUUUUUGAUGGGCUUGUAUCUUUGCAGUUAUUGCUCCUCAAUGCAAAUAAGAUCAACUGUCUGAGAGUAAACACAUUUCAAGAUCUGCAUAAUCUUAAUUUGUUAUCUCUCUAUGAUAAUAAACUGCAGACUAUCAGUAAAGGACUUUUUGCUCCUCUUCAAUCAAUUCAAACAUUGCAUUUAGCUCAAAAUCCAUUUGUGUGUGACUGCCAUUUGAAGUGGCUGGCUGAUUACCUGCAGGAUAAUCCAAUAGAAACCAGCGGAGCUCGGUGCAGCAGUCCGCGUCGUCUUGCCAACAAACGAAUCAGCCAGAUCAAGAGCAAGAAGUUCCGUUGCUCAGGUUCAGAGGACUACAGGAGUAGAUUCAGUGGGGAGUGUUUUAUGGACCUCAUCUGUCCUGAAAAAUGCCGCUGUGAGGGAACAUUUGUGGACUGUUCCAACCAAAAGCUUACUAGGCUUCCAAGCCACCUUCCAGAAUAUACUACAGAUCUUCGUCUACACGAUAAUGAUAUUUCGAUUCUGGAAGCUACUGGAAUAUUCAAGAAGCUCCCUAGUCUACGAAAAAUAAAUUUAAGUAAUAACAAGAUCAAAGAGAUCCGUGAAGGCACUUUUGAUGGGGCAGCGGGAGUGCAGGAACUGAUGUUGACAGGGAAUCAGCUGGAAUCUGUGCACGGACGAAUGUUUAAAGGUCUCACAGGACUCAAGACGCUGAUGCUCAGGAGCAACAUGAUCAGUUGUGUAAACAAUGACACAUUUACAGGACUGAGCUCAGUAAGGUUACUGUCGCUGUAUGACAAUCGGAUUACUACAAUAACUCCAGGAGCCUUCAAUACUCUUGUUUCUUUAUCUACAAUCAAUUUGCUAUCUAAUCCAUUUAACUGCAACUGCCAUUUAGCAUGGUUGGGGAAAUGGUUAAGGAAGAGAAGGAUUGUCAGUGGAAAUCCACGUUGCCAGAAACCUUUCUUCUUAAAGGAGAUUCCAGUUCAAGAUGUUGCUACACAGGAUUUCACAUGUGAUGGCAACACUGAAAACAGCUGUCAUUUCUCUCCCCGUUGUCCAGACCAAUGCACCUGUGUGGACUCUGUAGUUCGUUGCAGUAAUAAAGGGUUGCAGUUCCUCCCAAAAGGGGUCCCCAAAGAUGUGACUGAACUGUCUGUAAGGGGCAUGCAUAAGAGCACCAGCGUGCCUACCUCAGGUAGCACAUUCCAGGCAUUAACAACUCUUGACUUAAGCAAUAAUAGUAUCAGCAUGUUGGCCAAUUACACCUUCAAUAAUAUGACACAGCUAUCAACACUGAUCCUAAGCUACAACAGGUUACGGUGUAUUCCCGUUCAUGCAUUUAAUGGCCUUAAAUCUCUCCGAGUGUUAACGCUUCAUGGCAAUGAUAUAUCCAGUGUCCCUGAAGGGUCUUUUAAUGAUCUUGUGUCACUUUCCCACCUGGCACUCGGUACAAAUCCUUUACAUUGCGACUGCAGCCUGCGCUGGCUUUCAGAGUGGGUAAAGGCAGGCUACAAAGAGCCUGGCAUUGCACGAUGCAGUAGUCCAGAUGACAUGACCGACAGGCUUUUGCUAACAACACCAACUCAGCAUUUCCAAUGCAAAGGAGCUGUUGACAUCAGCAUUGUGUCCAAAUGUAAUCCUUGCCUAUCUACUCCCUGUAAAAAUAAUGGGACUUGCAACAAUGAUCCCGUGGAUUUUUACCGAUGUAUUUGCCCAUUUGGCUACAAGGGUCGAGAUUGCGGCACACCUAUUAAUGCUUGCAUUCAGAAUCCAUGCCAGAAUGGGGGAAGUUGUCAUCCUACGGACACAAAUCAAGACGGAUUCAGUUGUUCCUGCCCUACUGGAUUUGAAGGGAAGAAAUGUGAACUGAAUCCAGAUGACUGUGAAGAUAAUGAUUGUGAGAACAACUCAACAUGUGUGGAUGGGAUAAACAAUUAUGCUUGCCUUUGCCUACCCAACUAUACAGGAGAACUCUGUGAUGAAGUCAUCAACCACUGCGUGCCUGAACUAACCCCUUGUAAACAUGAAUCCAAAUGUAUUUCUCUUGAUAGAGAAUAUAAGUGUGAAUGCUUACCAGGCUACAGUGGAAAGCACUGUGAAACAGAUGAUGAUGACUGCAGGGGACACAAAUGUCGCCAUGGUGCCAUGUGUGUAGAUGCUGUAAAUGGAUACACCUGCAUUUGUCCUCAAGGAUUUAGUGGACUCUUCUGUGAAAAUCCACCACCCAUGGUUCUCCUCCAAACCAGCCCUUGUGAUUAUUAUGAAUGCCAAAAUGGAGCGCAAUGUAUUGUUGUACAGCAGGAACCAGUCUGUCGUUGCCUGGCAGGUUUUGCUGGUCAGAAGUGUGAGAAACUCAUUACUGUCAAUUUUGUUGGGAAGGAUUCCUACGUUGAGCUUCCACCAGCCAAAAUUCGUCCUCAAGCAAACAUCUCACUUCAAGUAGCAACUGAUAAGGACAAUGGCAUCUUAUUAUACAAAGGGGACAAUGAUCCCCUGGCUUUAGAAUUAUAUCAAGGGCAUGUGAGACUUAUCUAUGACACAGUGAAUGCUCCACCUACAACUAUAUACAGUGUGGAGACAGUCAAUGAUGGACAGUUCCAUAGUGUGGAGCUGGUGAUGUUGAACCAGACCUUGAAUUUGGUAGUAGAUAAAGGCACUCCCAAAACCCUUGGCAAACUGCAGAAGCAACCCGUGGUUGGUCAAGACACUCCACUCUACAUUGGAGGAAUUCCCACAUCUACAGGGCUAUCUUCAUUGAGGCAGGGGACAGAGAGGACACCAAGUGGCUUUCAUGGCUGCAUUCACGAUGUCCGAAUUAAUAAUGAGCUGCAGGAUUUCAAAGAACUACCACAUCAGUCAGUAGGAGUCCUUCCUGGAUGCAAAUCCUGUAACAUCUGUAAGCAUGGAAUUUGCCGCUCUCUUGAAAAGACAAGUGUAGUCUGUGAGUGCCAUCCAGGCUGGACAGGUUCACUGUGUGAUCAAGAACUUAACGAUCCCUGCCUUGGCAACAAAUGCCUUCAUGGAAAGUGUGUUGCCACCAACUCUGCUUAUACAUGCAAGUGUAUAGUAGGUUACACAGGUAUGCACUGUGAUCGAAAAAAUGAUUCCUUCAACUCCUGCAGAUUUCUAAAAUGUAACCAUGGACAGUGUAAGAUCUCUGCACAAGGGGAGCCCUACUGCGAAUGUGAUCCAAGCUACAGUGGAGAGCAUUGUGAUAGAGAAAAUGUCUGUCAAGGAGAGAUUAUUCGUGAAUUCAUUCGGAAGCAACAAGAUUCGAUCGCUUGUGUCUCUAUGGUGAAGGUACCUCGUGUGGAAUGCCAUGGCACUUGUGGGAACAAUCAGUGUUGUGUUGUUCUCCGCAGCAAAAGGCGGAAAUACGGCUUCCAGUGUGUGGAUGGCUCUUCCUUUACAGAAGAGCUAGAGAGACAUGUGGAGUGUGGCUGUGCAAAGUGUUUAUAAGCUUUUGAUCAGCCUCUUUGCCCUUUGUAUCAAAUCUGCUUUCCAACACAGGACCUAUUUACUUUUAAGUGAAGAAGAGAAUAUUAAGUAUAUUGUAAAAUAAGCAAAAAAAAGUUAUUUUUAUUAUGAAAAGUGACUAUUUUCAUCUUUUAUUAUAUAAAAUCUGACCAUUCUGGGUAUAUGUAUCAUAUAUGAGUUAUUUUUACUAUGGAUUUUUUUUUUUACAGUUGGUAAAAAAAAUGGGAAAAUAUUCCAAACCUAAACACAGGGAUUAAAAAAAGAGUAUAAUUGAUAAGCUUUGCACAGUGGCCAGAUGUGAAAGGAAUUCAAACUGUUUGCCACAGAAUUAAUGAAACAGGUGUUGAAAUGGUCUGGAUAUAUAUACAUAAUAGGAGCGAUACAUUCUAUGAUCAUUUGUGCCCAGGAUUGCUCAGUUAAUAGCCUUCUCUCAUGACAAUGAAAGCUAUAUUUGUCACUGUUGUGAUUUGCUUGAUACCAUUGCCAAGCACACACACACACACACACACACAAACACACACACUGUGAUAACACUGUUGUAGCUUGGGCCUUAUACACAGAUGGUUUUAUGCACACAUUAAUGCAAUGGUAAUAGUAAUGUAUUUUGUCUUCUGUAUAUGAUUGAUUGGCACUCAAUUACAUUUAUCCUAUGUUGGGGAUCUAGCACAAUCACUCAUACAUGGUAAAGUUGGGAAACAUAUUCUUUAUACAUUUGUUUAGACUAACAAACUCAAAGGACAUUUUAUGAAACUCAUAAUGAAUAACAGAGGGAAUUAUCCAAUUCCUUGGCACAUACUUCCUUGUCCUUCAGCCUGUGAACUAGACCAGUGGUGGGUUGCUCCCGGUUCUGUCCGGUUCUUGCAAACCGGUAGUAAAAGCAGCGGGAGGCUCUACUCAUCCGCCUGGAUAUCAUAAUUGACAAAAUGUGCAUGCGCAGAAGCUUCUGUGUGUGUGGCCAUUGCGAACCGGUAGUAAAGGUAAGUAGAACCCACCCCUGAACUAGACCCUCUAUAUCUCAACACCCAGAGCAUCUUGUAUGCAUCCUCAAGCAAAUAAAGGAUGAGAAGGUAAUUUCCUGUGGUGAUGAGCUUUUCAUUUGCCAUUUCAGAGGAUUUAGGUUUUUUGGCUUCUAGUUGCAAAGCAGAAUGGCAAAGAAUGCACUGAAACACUGCCUUAACCGAUCAUGACAAUCCAUUUAAAAAGUAUUUACACAGAUAUAUUUUACUUAAUCCAAGAGUGUGUUAUUCAGGUAUUAUUACCUGAAUAUCAGCUCUUUGCAACUAACUCUGCAUAUAUUGAGGUGGCUGCAAUUUUGCAAAUUGUAAAGGAAUUUUCCCCCUCCAGAUGUAAACUGAGCCACAUAUGGCAAUUGCCUAAAACAACUUCUGACUACCAGCAUGUAGAAGUCUUUCCAUCAGCCCUGUCUCCACCUGUUGCUGGAUUGCUAGUUAUGACAUGGAGAGUUAUUGAUACCAAUAUAGUGCGUGUUAUACUUACCACAUAAGAGAACCAUGAUACAAAAGUGGUUUCAUUUAGUUCUCAACAUUUAUCAUCAAGUCCUUACAAAAUAGCUUUUGGAAAGGAGAAUGUUGACUGGAGGAGACAUCUCAGAAAGUUGUACUUCAGCACCAUAAAUGCCUUUCGCCCUUUGCACAACUGCAUUUAGCUUCUUUUCCUGGAUCUCUCUUCUUUUUCUUGGUAUUGUAAUAGUAAUAGGAGAGCCUACCUUGCCAUGGAGAAGGGUGAGAUAAUUUUCAGAAGGCCUGGAAAAAGGAAGAAUAGGAGGGACAUCUCUUCACAUUCCAAUAAGAACUUGAAAAAUCAGCAGAAAUCUUAAAUUUGAGAUAUGUAGACUGUAGCCAUGCUCACCUGGAGCAAUGGUUUAGUACAUUUGCCUUUGAAGUAGCAAAAUAUUGGUGUCUCUUCUACUAAGGACAAAUGUUUGUUUUCUUAUCAUGCUUCAAGCAUUCACAUUUCAGAAGUCUUAAGAAUCUAAGAAUCCUUAUUCUAUUGCAGUCUUUUGAAAGCCACAAUAGUUUGUUCAGAUUUCCUAAUGGAUUCUCAGGAUAACUUUAGGCAGGAGGGAAAUAACGGAUACAAUGGUUGCCUUUCAGAGUAAACGGUAAUACAUGGAGCCUGCAAUCAGUGUAAAAUAAAACAAUCACUAGUUACUUUGCCAAAAAGUGAUUGAAAUAAUAGAGUUCAGCGGCUGGCAGGGGAGUAAAAGACUGCAAUGGAGAUUGGGGUUUGUUAUUUUGAGCACAAUAUGUGAUCUAGAAGCAGCUGGAAUUUAUAACACAGAAAUGCACCAUAGUUUGUGGAGACCAAAAGUUUGCAAAAAGAAAUGCAACAACAUUCUUUUCUUUGAAUAAGACUUUGGCACAAGGCAUCCUUUCCUUAAUGAUUUAUUCUUAUGCAUGGCAUCUCUUACCCAAAAAGCCUCUGCCUCUGUUGCAGAGCAUAAUUCAGCCAGAAUAGGCAGAUCUUAGUUCAAAGGCUACUAAAGAAUGUAUACUCCUAAAUAGGAAAUGAAAAAUACAAUAUUAAAAUAGUAACAAAAAAGGUACAAUCUGUACAAUUCAUUGUCUUCUGUUAGCAAAGUAAUAUAUUUGACAAGACCAAAAAUAAUAACAAUAAAAAGACAUCAACAUUUUGUGAAAUAAUUCCAAAAAUGUAUACAGAAUUUCCAAAAUGAACAAGAAUUAACCACAGUGGAGUAAUAUUGGCUGCCUUCCCUCAAUAUAUUAUUUGGAUUAGAAGAAUUAGAAGAAAUAAUAGACACUUUAUUUGCUUGCUGCCAUUAGAUAGUUUAUGCUGUGUUGUGUUUCAAUUGAUUAUAUGGAAUCUGAUUUCUUUGUCUGUGUUUUUUAAGUGCCAAAAGAUCUAUGAAGUUAGUUUAAAAAGUGUUAAUUAGAUCUCUCUAAGCUGUCAAAAUGACAGUAGUACGUCUCAGCUAUUGUAUGGGGAAUGCAGUACCCUACUUUUUAAAAGUAAUAUAAAGAAAGAACCCUAUAAAAAUUGUACAUUGGCAAUGUGGAUUAGUAUGAAUUUUGUGUAUUUUACUGGAUUGUCCUCUUGUGAUGUAAUAAAUUUAAGUAAAUUGUUGGGUUACGGAUAA